AGAACGUGCAGCCCUAGUCACAACGGGAAGAACAGAGUUGUCUUUAACUGCUCAUUCUCCUACAAAGGACAAAAUCUAAAUGAUCUACUCCUGCCUGGACCCAAUUUGGGGUCUUCUUUACUUGGUGUACUGCUGAGAUUCAGGGAGCACUCUGUCGCUAUCAGUAGCGACAUAAAGGGCAUGUUUCACCAAGUGAGAUUGCUGCCAGAAGACAAGCCACUCCUCCGUUUCUUAUGGCGCAAUUUAGACCGAGAGAAACAACCCGAUAUCUAUGAGUGGCAAGUGCUCCCAUUCGGGACAACAUGUAGUCCGUGCUGUGCUACAUACGCUUUGCAGAGGCAUGUAUUCGACCACAGUCAACCAGGAGACCAGGUACGAGACUCUAUUGAAAGAUCCUUCUAUGUAGACAACUGUCUACAGAGCCUUUCUUCGUUGGAUGAAGCCAAAUUGCUUGUGGAUUCAUUAAGAGACCUGUUAGCUACAGGUGGAUUCGAAUUACGUCAAUGGGCAAGCAACAUUCCUGAGGUCAUUUGUCAUUUACCAAAGGAAGCCAGGUCAGAGAGCAGUGAGCUUUGGCUCAAUCAGACUGGGGAAGAUCCUCAAGAAUUUGCACUAGGGCUACGUUGGCUGUGCAAUUCAGACACUCUAAAGUAUAAGUGCCGUCUGCUAGACUGCCCGAAACCAACAAUGAGGAACAUAUACAAAGUGGUAGCAAGUCAAUAUGAUCCUCUCGGGUUCAUUGUUCCCUACACAACUAGGGCCAAAAUCCUCAUUCAGCAUCUUUGGGCAAAACACAGAGAAUGGGAUGAUCCGGUACUGCCAGAAGAUCUCCUUCGAACUUGGCACUCUUGGCAGGGGGAAUUGCAACACCUGUCCCAGAUCAACUUAACCCGCUGCUAUGCAAGUCCAAAGAUGGAUGUUCCUGACUGCACUCGACAAAUCCAUGUGUUCUGCGAUGCCUCGGAAAAGGCUUAUGGUUCUGUUGCAUAUCUACGAACAGAAAACCCAGAGGGAGGUGCUGAAGUGUCAUUUCUCUCUGCUAGAUCAAGAGUGGCUCCUAAGCGACAGCUAUCCAUGCCUAGGUUAGAACUGUGUGCGGCCCUUACAGGUGCACAGUUAGCUUCUCUUGUUAAUAGAGAGCUUACAUUAGACAUUUGUUCCUGUUUCCUCUGGACUGACUCCACCACAGUCCUAACAUGGCUACAGUCUGACUCCUGUCGCUUUAAGGUUUUUGUGGGCACACGAGUUUCUGAGAUUCAGGAACUAACCAGUGAUUACACCUGGCGUUAUGUUGAUUCUACUAAUAAUCCAGCAGACGACAUCACCCGUGGAAAAACUUUGGUAGAAUUAGCAACAGAUAAUCGGUGGAGACAAGGACCAACAUUCCUCUGGCAGCCACAGGACCACUGGCCCAUUACCCCAGGCCAAGGUAACAUUGAUAGUUGUGAACUGAGGAAAUCUAUCUGCUGCAAUCAUGUAAGUGUCGCUGAAGAUCACUCAUUCCCAGAUCCAAAUCAGUACAACAGUUUUAAAGAUUUAAUUGAAGCAGCUGUACUCUUACGCCAUGGGGUGGCUGGGAAACAGGGAAACCCAACAGCUGAUGACUACAAGUUGGCAGAAACAGAUCUCCUAAGAAAAUCUCAACAAGAUAGCUUCCCUGAAGACUUUGACUGUCUAGCAAUAGGCAGACCAGUACAAUCAUCUAGCCGUUUGAUCACCCUUGCACCUGAAUAUGACCCUGUAUUCCAACUUAUCCGAGUCGGAGGUCGACUCCGCCGCAGUGAACUGCUAGAUCCAGAUACUAUCCACCCAGUGGUUCUAGACCCAGCUCACAAAGUAACACAACUCCUCAUUCAGGAUAUGGACAACCAACUCUGUCACCCAGGUUCUGAACGAGUUUUUGCAGAGCUUCGCCGUCAAUUCUGGAUUCUUCGAGGUAGAGCAGCUGUUAAAAAACAACAACACUCUUGCUUUGAUUGCCAAAAAUGGAGAGCCAAGCCAGUUGUGCCCCUAAUGGCAGACCUACCCCAAGCUAGGCUGCAACUGUUUAAGCCUGCCUUCUUUUCUACUGGUAUGGACUGUUUUGGGCCCUUUACAGUGAAAGUAGGAAGACGCAAUGAAAAGCGUUGGGGCAUCCUUUUCAAGUGCCUCACCACUCGUGCCAUCCACAUAGACCUUCUACACAGUCUUGAUACGGACUCCUUUCUGAUGGCACUGCGUCGUUUUAUCUCUCGUAGAGGUAAGCCUUCUGAGCUACUUUCAGAUCAAGGCACUAAUUUCAAAGGUGGGGACAGAGAACUCCAGGAAGCCUUUAAAGCUUUGAAUCCUUUGUUGCAAGCACAACUGGCAAAAGAACAAAUUCAGUUUAAAUUCAACCCCCCCAGUAGUCCACACUUCGGAGGAGCUUGGGAACGAGAAAUAAGAUCCAUCAAGUCUGCACUAUAUGCCACUUUGCAAAGUCAAAGCAUGACCGAGGAGGUAUUAAGGACAGUGCUGAUAGAAGUGGAAGGAAUCUUAAACUCCAAACCUCUGGGUUAUGCAUCAACUGAUGUUGCAGACCCCAAUCCCGUCACACCCAAUCUUCUCCUCAUGGGGCGGCUCGAUCCAUCGCUCCCCCAGGCUGUCUACCAUGAAUCAGAACUUUUAAGUCGUCGCAGAUGGAGGCACACACAAGUCCUUGCGGAUCACUUUUGGAGACAAUUCAUCAAGUAUUACCUUCCUAACCUACAGACCCGUUCCAAGUGGCAAAAGGACACUGAUAAUUUACAGCCUGGCAUGAUCGUGAUGAUCCUAGACCCUCAAAUACCCAGAGCUGUCUGGCCAGUAGGACAGAUCAUCAAUGUCUUUCCUGGAGCUGACGGACGGAUUAGGACAGCAGAGGUGAAAAUAAAAGACAAAGUAUACACCAGACCAGUAGCUCGUCUUAUUAAAUUACCAUCCAUCCAUAACACUGAUAAAGCGGAGAAAAGUCCUUCUACAUAAAGCCGAAUUUGACUGUGCAAAUUCGGGGGCGGCUGUUGUAAAGGACUGUGAUAACAAACAAUGGACAGUGAAUGCUAUUGGUGGGCUUUUUAAUUGACAGUUGAAACUACGAAUCAGUACAGCUUUAGCGUCAUCGGAAAGUAGUUCCGCCAAAGGAUAUAGGAGUGUGUUGCAUCAGAAAGUUUAGUGCGGAGCUAAUGAGUGUUCUCCAAAAGUUUAUUUCAAGUGUGUGCGUGCAGCUAGAAAACCACACAUACCCAUCUACAGUGGAGAAUAAAAAUUAAAGAAGAAACAUCAGAGUCAUUGCAUUCUAACCGGAUGUGCCAUAGUGAUUGCAAACCUUUACUAACCAGCCCCAAAUAAAUACCUCAAAAC